CCAAAGCACUGCCAGACACCACCCAGCAUCCCUAAAACCAACGUCCUGAGAGAAAUCAUCACAGAGAAGCUGAGCACAGCCACCCAGGAGAUCCUGGAGGUGGUGGGGAGGACCGUAGGUGAUGGAGAGGAGGAGGAAGAGGAGGUUUCAGGCUACAGGCACAGGAGGCAGCUGGAGCUCCUGCAGCCUCAGGUCACACUCCACAGAGGAGACCUGCACAAACACGAGGAGGUGAUUGUUGGAGAGGAACCAGAGGAGCAGCAGCUCAUACAGACAGGUGUGGAGGAAGCUCAGAGUCAGAGCCUGCCUUUGAGUCGUCAUGACAAUGAUGAAGGUAAACGGUCCAGAAAAACCCCCAGACUGAAACGAGACCUGGAGGAUCCGGAUUAUGAGAUUCCGUCAAGGUCCYGUCCUUCAGCCAGGAAGAGGCCCCGCAGUCUUCGGGUCAGUGACUUACAGAACCAUCUGACUCUGAAGAUCCGUUUACUGGAGGACUCUCAGGUCGAGGUUCUUUCUUCAGCCGUGUUCAGGAAAAGUCCGGUCCGGGAGCUGACGUGUUCUCGAGGUCUGCAGGAGGCCGACUUCCUGAACAUCCUGAGGUCCACCUUCCCUCAGCUGGCUAACGGCGAACCGUUUGACAUCUUCAUGACCGACCAGAGCAAGAAGCUGCGUCCUCUGAAGGUCAAGAGUCUGACUCCUGAGGAGAUCCACUCCACCAUCAGAGCCAGCGGGAACUCAGCGCUCUACAUCCGCCUCAAGGAAGGAAAACCAAACGAGGAAGAGAAGAAAGAAUCCAGUAUUUGUGAGCCAAUGACUGAUGGAGCUGGACUCAACACCAGCAGCUCGUCGUUGCAGCAGAACGUGGACCCAGAGGAGGAAGAAACGGAGAACGUGGAGUCCAGCGACGACAGAGAGGAGGUGAUAGACAAAGGAGACUUCUGGAAGCCAGAUCCCGACCUGCUGACCAACAAACCGAAGCGUAAAAGACGAUCUAAAACAGACGUGAAGAAGACGGAGGAGAGCAAAAUGUUCUGUAAAGUGUGCGGAGUCUGGUACCGGUUCCAGGGGAGCCUGAUCAAACACGCCUGGGGUCACCUGGACGAGCAGCAGGAUGUUUGUGGRGUCUGCGGAGGCAAGUUUGAGUCUGCGGAGGAGUUAAAGGAGCACCUCAAGAGCUACCAAAACGUCCACACCUGCUCAGACUGCGGGAAGACGUUUGUCUCCGUCCUGAGCCUGAAGUGUCACACUGCCAAGCACACGGGGAACAGUCUGUUCAAAUGUGACGUUUGCAACAAGUCCUUCACCAACCAGGCUUCUCUCAAUACUCACUGCUGGUCUCACGUUGAAGAGAAACCACACAAAUGUGACAUCUGUCUGAAGGCGUUUGGUCUGAUGGCCCAGCUCGCCGUUCACAGAAGGACGCACAGCAGUCAAGAUAAAUACCAGUGUGACCUCUGCAAGAAGUCKUUCAGCCUGCGCCGCACUCUGACCCAACACCGGCUGAUCCAUUCAGAGGAACGCCACUACGCCUGCGCCAUCUGCGAGAAGCGCUUCAAACUCGAAGGGUCGUUAAAGGCGCACAUGAAGAUCCACACGGACAGGGACCGGGCCUUCCUCUGCCACAUCUGCUGCAAAACCUUCCUCUCCAAAUCCUCGCUGAUGGCUCACAUCAAGAUCCACAGCAGCGAGAGGCCCUACGUCUGCAGCACCUGCGGCAAGAGCUUCGCCGUGACCUACGACCUGAAGAAACACAUGAGGAUUCACACCGGAGAGACACCGUARGAAUGCUCCGAGUGCGGGCGCAGCUUCAGGCAGAAGACCAACCUGGACAGCCACGUGAAGAUCCACCUGGGCAUCAAACAGUUCAUCUGCGGGGUCUGUGGGAAGGCCUGCUCUCGACGGGAACACCUGAAGAUCCACAUGAGGACCCACAACGGAGAGAGACCCUACAAGUGUUUCAUCUGUGAGAAGACCUUCACCCAGAGCCACUGUCUCAAAACACACAUGAAGAGCCACAACAUUGAUGAAAGCCUGUUCCCUGAUAACCAGACCAGUUCAGACCCUGUCCCUGAUAACCAGACCAGUUCAGACCCUGUCCCUGAUAACCUGACCAAUUCAGACCCUGUCCCUGAUAAUCUGACCGGUUCAGACCCU